AUGGAUCUGGACCAGACUUCGAUCGUUUCUCGAAUUACCACAGCCUGCACACGGCAAUUCACAUUGGCUGUUCGCGAACCGAUCAUUCUUUUGCUGGCGUUAUACAUGACCAUUCUCUACAUUGUGCUCUUCACCUUCUUUGACGGCUAUAGUUACAUAUUCAGUGACGUGCAUCAUCUGUCGCAGGGGUUGACGAACAUUGUCUGGGUCGCCAUGUACGUGGGCAUCAUGCUGACCGCCUUCUUAGUGCCCCUGAUGUAUUGGAGACAUCAACAAGGCAUGAGCUCCAAGGCCCGAGAUCCCGACAGGGAGAGAGCUCUCAAUGAAACUAAAUCCAUCAUUCAACCCGAGGAUCGACUUUGGUACGCCAUGAUCGGCGCUCCAGCCAUUCCGAUCAGUCUUUUUUGGAUGGGAUGGACAGACUAUGAAUCGAUCUCAAUCUGGUCCCCAAUCCUUGGUUCCUCUCUCUUCGGCUUCGGUAGCAUUUGCCUCUUCAUCUCUUGUUACAUGUACGUGAUUGAUGCGUACGAGGUCUACGCUGCCUCCGCUCUGGGCUUCAUGACUAUUUCGCGUUAUUGCGCUGCCGGGGGAAUGACCGUGGUUGGGAUUCCGUUCUACAAGAAUAUGGGCGUACAGUGGACAUUGACGAUUCUGGGGAUCAUCAGUGCCGUGAUGGUCCCUGUGCCUUAUGCAUUUUGGAAAUACGGGACUGUGAUUCGGGGGUGGAGUCGGUUCGCUGUUUCGGGAAAUUAG